AUACCUUAUAUAAAAAAAUAAAUUAAAUUAAAUUGCUUAAAAAAAUAAAUUAAAUUAAUGAACAUAGAUCAUAAACAUGAUAUGAUACAAUACAAUGCAUUUCCACAAUUUUAUUAUUUUCUUCACAUAACCAAACCAGACAACAACAACAGCAGCAAACAAUUUUGUUGCGGCUAAUCUUUCAACUUCACUCAGUCUCUUCUCUUACAAACAAAACAACCUUAGAUUCUCCGAGUCACAAAUUCUUUCUUUCUUUACUCUAUAAAAAACAACACUUUCAUUCACACUGUUCUAUACUUGUUUUUUUGUUUUUCUUUCUUUUGAGUACCCAUCAUGAUUUUUCUUCCAGAUUUCAGAUAGUAUUGCUUUGAUAGAGUCCAGUACCGACUUCUGUUAGUUCAAUCACGUGAGUUCUCAGAAGAGUUCUUCCAUAGAAGGUAGAUGGGUUCUAGAAUCCCAUCUCAUCAGCUUAGCAAUGGCCUAUAUGUAUCAGGGCGGCCAGAGCAGCCGAAAGAAAGGCUUCCAACCAUGACCUCAGCGGCCAUGCCAUAUACCGGUGGAGACAUAAAAAAGUCAGGAGAAUUGGGGAAAAUGUUUGAUAUACCUGUUGAUGGCUCAAAAUCUAGAAAAUCUGGACCAAUAACAGGUGCGCCAUCACGGACAACAUCUUUCGGAGGAGCCGGUUCACAUUCUGGACCAAUUCAUCCUAAUGCUGCUGCUCGAGCUAUCUAUACUACUGGUGGUGGUUCAACUUCACAAAAGAAAUCAAAUUCCGGGCCGCUGAGUAAGCAUGGAGAACCGGUUAAAAGGUCUUCUGGUCCUCAGUCUGGUGGAGUAACUCCAACCGGGCGUCAAAAUUCCGGACCGCUUCCUCCUAUUCUUCCAACAACAGGUCUCAUUACGUCCGGACCGAUAACAUCUGGCCCACUAAACUCUUCUGGUGCUCCUAGGAAAGUGUCUGGUCCUUUGGAAGCGACGGGUUCGAUGAAGCUGCAAGGUUCAGCCGCUGCUGUUCACAAUCAAGCUGUAACUGUUCUUAGUCAAGGUGAUGAGUACUCCUUCACAAGGAAUUUUCCAAAGGCCGUGUUUUGGUUAUUAAUUCUGCUUUUUCUCAUGGGUUUCAUUGCUGGCGGUUUUAUUUUUGGAGCCGUGCACAAUGCCAUUCUCCUUAUUGUGGUUGUGAUUCUCUUUGGCUUAGUUGGUGCGUCUUUCACUUGGAAUACUUAUUGGGGAAGAAGAGCUAUUAUGGGAUUCGUUGCUAAUUAUCCGGACUCAGAGCUAAGAACCGCAAAGAAUGGACAAUUUGUGAAAGUCUCUGGGGUUGUCACUUGUGGUAAUGUGCCUCUCGAGUCAUCUUUCCAGAAAGUUCCCAGAUGUGUAUAUACAUCAACAAGUUUAUAUGAGUAUCGAGGAUGGGACUCAAAAGCUGCCAAUCCUACACAUCGUCGACUUUCUUGGGGCCUUAGAUUGCUGGAAAGGCGUGUGGUAGACUUUUACAUCUCAGAUUUCCAAUCCGGUCUAAGGGCAUUGGUUAAGACUGGUCAUGGAGCAAGAGUGACCCCAUAUGUUGAUGACUCGGUUCUCAUCAAUGUAAAUCCAACCAAAGAAGAGUUAUCUCAAGAGUUCCUCCGAUGGUUGGGAGAGAGAAACUUGUCAAGUGACGACCGCAUCAUGCGGCUGCAAGAAGGGCAUAUUAAAGAAGGAAGCACGGUGAGUGUAAUGGGAGUUGUUCAGCGGAAUGAGAAUGUGCUUAUGAUUGUUCCUCCACCAGAGCCAAUCACAACAGGUUGCCAUUGGCUCAAAUGUAUUUUUCCUGCAAACUUGGAAGGUAUAGUCUUAAGAUGUGAAGACAUGUCGAAGAAUGAUGUGAUACCAGUUUAACAUUAUUAUGUGGAACAAGAAUGUUUGUAGCAUCAUCUUCUAAUUGGCGGUUCUUAGAUAGUAUUCUUUUCCCCUCUAUUAUUAGUGGCGGUGGAAUAUAUAAUAUUGACAAAUUAUUAUAGAUUAAGAUGGCAGAAAUUGUGUGUGAUUGUGUUUAUUUUUUCAAUCUCUUUAAAUAGUUGUAUAGUUAUGGUUUGGUUUGAUGUUCUUGUAGGAUUUGUAAACUUUGGUAAUGUUUGAUGCAGUCAAAAUUCUUAAAUGUAUGAAGCAUAUUGUGGUUAUGCUAAAUAGAAUACAAGGUUUCUA